UGCCAUUUAUGCAAUAAUUUGCUGCAAAUGCAUCUGUAACUAAUGGAUGUGAUGGGCAUGAUGUGAAAGAAGUGAAUAUUAAAAUCCGAACCAAAAUAUAACAGCAGUUAUGUUGUGCAACCGGUACUUCUCACUACGGGUGAAGCAUAUUUUUCGGCAUGGUUUACAGUUUUACUGGGCGCGCACUUAUUCUAGCAAACCCCUUUCGGAGCAAUACAUCCGUAAUAUCGGCAUUUUGGCACACAUCGAUGGAGGUAAAACAACAACCACCGAGCGUAUGCUGUAUUAUGCAGGGAAAACAAACACCCUUGGCGAAGUACAUCAUGGAAAUACGGUGACCGAUUUUUUGGUCCAAGAGCGUGAACGAGGCAUAACGAUCUGCAGUGCCGCAGUAAGUUUUGAAUGGCGUGAUUAUCGUAUUAAUCUGCUCGAUACUCCCGGGCACAUAGAUUUCACGAUGGAGGUAGAGCAAUCGCUGGCCGCUGUCGAUGGUACCAUUGUCAUCCUCGACGGAUCCGCGGGUGUAGAAGCGCAAACAAUAACCGUUUGGAAUCAAGCAGAUCGACAUAAACUGCCAAGAUUGAUUUUCGUCAACAAAAUGGACAAAGAUAACGCUGAUUUUGAGGGAUGCCUGCAAGAUCUCGAAAAAAAACUUGACAUUAUUCCUUUGCCACUGCAAUUGCCGUUUUUUGAACGAGAGAAAUUUACUGGUGUAAUUGACGUUUUAACAGGAACGCACGUUGUGUGGGAUAAGAGCACAAAUGGCCGAAUAUACAAAAGAGCCCCUCUUUCUGGAGAUCACCUUCUGGAAAGUCAACGCAAAAGAAAUGCCAUUAUAGACAUUCUUUCUGGUAUAGAUGACGAUCUGGCAAAAGUUAUCAUAGAAACUGAUAGCAUGGAAAAUUUACCCAAUGACUUGGUGCAGGCAGCAAUUCGAGCAUGUACCUUGAAACAACAAAUUGUUCCUGUGUUUUUAGGAGCUGCUUACAAAAACGUGGGCGUUCAAUUGCUAAUGGAUGGGGUACUGAAAUUUUUGCCUGCUCCAAACGAACGAAAUCAUUUCUACGACAGUUUUGGGUCCGAAUUUGUAGGAAAAGUUUCAAAAGUGACUCAUGACAAACAACGAGGGCCGUUGAGUCUGAUUCGCGUUUUUCGGGGGAACGUAAAAAAAGGUGCAAAAAUUGUUACCCACAAAGGCGUAACAGAAACAAUCCAAAGGAUAUACGCGCCCUUGGCUGAUGAGUACAGGGAAGUUACUGCAAUCGAGGCUGGCAAUAUUGGACUGUGUGCUGGUUUAAAGUCAACCGUCACCGGAGAUUUGAUAAUUCCCAAUAUUUCCAUUUUGAGAAAAGCUAUAAGUAAACUCAGUACCUCUGAGAAAAAUGGGAAUGAUGACCUAAAUGAAGAAUUUGCUCAGAAAUUAUUUCUUCAUACGACGAUCCCAGAGCCCGUCUUUUUUUGCUCUAUCGAACCACCAUCGUCUGCCUAUCAAGCUGCUUUGGAUACAGCUCUAAAGGAAAUACAACGCGAAGACCCAAGUUUGAAAGUACUAUUUGAUGAAACUACAAUGCAGACUGUUCUUGGUGGAAUGGGUAAACUUCAUCUGGAAAUUAUUAAAUCCCGCAUUUUGACUGAAUAUAAAAUUGAUGUCGAUUUGGGACCUCUCCAAAUAGCUUAUAAGGAAACUUUGGAAGAACCUUGUCGUGGUAGUUGGACAGCAGAGAAAGAAAUAGCCGGCCAUCGGCAGUCAGUCCGGAUGGAGUUGACAAUCCACGGGAAAGUGUAUGAAGACAGAUUUCGGCUAGACAAUUCCCCAGAAGCUCAGGAAAAUUUGCGACUAAUCCGACCGAAGCAAAUGUCAUUUGUUAAGAAAGGAGUACUAGCCGCUUUGGAAAGGGGCCCCAAACUUGGAGGUCAAUUGACAGAUGCGGCAAUCACUCUGCAUCAGCUAGUCAUUGGGAAAGGAACAGCCGACACGUUUAUAAUGGCUGCGGCGGCCCAGUGCAUCCGACACGUUCUUUCCACGGCUAAAUGCCGGCUUAUGGAACCACUCAUGUUGUUGGAAAUUGUAAUGCCCGCCGAAUAUUUGAACGCCAUCCAAGCUGAUUUGAAUCGAAGGCGGUGCACGGUACUGGAAGUUCGCUCUCGCGGCAACCAUCGAAAGGUAUUGCGUGCGAAUGCCCCACUGGCCGAAUUGGAUGAUUAUUCCAGUGAAGUACGAUGCAUAAGCUCUGGCACGGCUAGCGUGUCUAUGGAACCAAAUGGUUACGAACUACUUAAUGCGACCGACGAAGCGAGUGCCAUUCGGAGAGCACACGGAUUAGAGUAAUGCGGGUAUGUAAAUUAUGUUUGAA